UAAACAUCUCAAACGCCAGUAUACGUACACAUAAACUCGUUAGACUGCGCUUGACCAUAAGUGCUUGACCAUGUGCCAGUGUUCACCGAACUGUUGCUCCGUGUUCUAUCCGCUAUGGUGCAUUAUUUUAGGUGCUCUCGGGGUAGUGGGAGGAAUAAUUCUGGCAUGUUUGCACAGCUAUGAAAAGAAUCGAGGAGUUGCCAUUACCUGCAAGCUCCUGAUAAUUGUCACUAGCCUAACCUACAUAAUUGCUGGAAUACUUAUGAUGCUUGGCGCUAAAAGGGACAAGGAAGUACUGUUCAAAGUCGGAAAAUGCCUAAGCUAUAUUUAUCCGAUUUCGUCUGCAUUAGCUUUAUACCCGAUAAUUGUCCACAUUGUCGCCAUGACAUAUCUGUGCACCUAUCAGAAGAAUCGCUGGGGAUAGUUACUGCCUUUUUUCAUUUGGACUUGA